AUGGACGGCGGCAGCGACUCUCAGCCGGUGACGGCGAAACUCCGCGCUUCUCGUCGACGCCCGCCACGUGCUUCACGUGCCUGCGAGACUUGUCGAGUGCGCAAGACCAAGUGCGACCAAGCUCAGCCGUGUUCCUAUUGUGCUUACCAUUCGCUUGAUUGCUUCUAUCGCGCUGCAGGUCCGAAUGAGGCCUCAACAGCCGCAAAGAGACAGGCGCAAAUCCGAGAGGCUCAAAAAUCAAAGACCCGGCCAUCACCAUGGCCAGAUGUGAGUCAGAACAAUCAAAAUAACCUCCACCAGAGUGACUCUCCGGAUCACUAUACCCCGCGGGUUGCGCGAAGUAUUGGCAAUAUCAAUGCUAGCUCACCUACUGUUUUCACUCCCAAACGUGAUGAUGACAGCAUUGUUGCUGCCACACCUGAGCUGUGCGACUCAGCAUCCCGAGACGGUUUGAGAGGUGUCAACCUUCACACCAAUGGCACGGAAUUCUAUGGCAAUUCCUCGAACCUUGCGUUUCUGGGAAAUCUCUAUGCUCGGGCUCGUAAUCAAGCAGAGAACAAACCGUUGACAAUUCCUGAUAACGAGCCGUCGUACCCAUCUAACGGUGGAACUAAUGCGGUGGUCAAUCCGUUAUCCGACAAAACAGCCGCGGACCAGUUGACACCCAACUCUCCAGCCGACAAGCAGUCUGAAAGUUCACAGACGAAUAAGGCGCAACUUUCGAUAGUGAACCUUCUGUAUAAUCCGAAAUAUCCUAGUCACUCCCCACCGCAGAUUAGCGGCGGAGCCGAAGAUGAUAGACAAGGGAGGAAAGAAAAUGCCGAGGGGACCAGAGCUAAUGCUCAAAGCUUCGUGGCAGAUCACCGCUAUGAAAUGACACCUGUGAUUGACAGGCUUUCAGACGAGGCACAACUAGAAAUCGAGAAGAUGUUCAUCAGCAGCUAUUUUUGUAACAAGCAUUAUAUUCACCCUAUGCUGUGCAAGACUAACUUUAUGCGGCGUUGCGAGAACGAAGCUUUCGUCUUGCCGAGGAGGCCGGGAUUCUUACGCGGCAUAUCGAAGUUUUCAGGACUCUAUUUCUCCGUGGUUGCUCUGGGUGCCAUAAAUGCUAGUCCGCAUGAGACAGCUUUGCUUGAUCACUACUGCAAUUACCUUCCUUAUCUGGGCAAACCUGGUGCCAUGGGCAAGCCCUCUUCGUUGGAUUUUGCAGACUAUUACUUUGGAAAAGCGAAACAAGCGCUAGGUGACUUGUUUGAGAGCUGUAGCUUAGAGAGUGCGCAGGCUCUUCUGCUGCUGAGUGUUUUCUGCCAAAAUGCGUUGCGGCCGCAUAGCUGCUUCAUGUACAGCGGCAUGGCAGUGAGGACUGCAGUUGCUAUUGGUCUGGCAUCGGGCAUGUCGUCUGUGUCCCUUGAUACGCGGAAGGAGGGCAGAAGGACUUGGUGUGAGAUGUGCUGUUCCUCGGGGCGGCUAGACAGCAUGAAGGAUCUCCAAUAUUAUCAGGUUCCGCUGCCAACGCUCAAGGCCACGUCCGGCAACCUACUUGACCCUGAUGCAGAAGAUGACCAUGUCGCCAUGAUACCCGCGAUGGUAGCCCUGGCGCAGAUAAUGUCCGAAGCAUCCCAUCUUCUCUACCACUCGCCCAAGCGAUCCAUGAGCGAAAUGUCGCAAAUUGCAAUGAAUCUCGACCACAAGUUGCUCGCAUGGAAGGCUACACUGCCGCAUUUCUUGAACAUUGAUGCGGCUUCACUCAACGACACCGAAUGGGCCUUUAAACAGAAGCUAGUAUUGAGGUUAAGAUUCUACAACACCCGCAUCCUAAUACACCGUCCAUUCCUCGCCGCAUCAGCAUCCAGCACCGAGUCUUCCAACCUGUUCCAACACCUCCACACCUGCCUCGACGCCGCAAGAACUAGCAUCCAGAUGCAGUACGAAUCCUUCCUACAUAGAAUUUACAUUCGAACAUGGUGGUACAACACAACCUACGCCCUCUACGGCGCCAUGAUCCUCCUACACCUGGUCCUCUCCGGCUUCCCCAGCAUCCGCGACGAAGACCUCCUCCUCGACGUCGAAAAAAGCCUCGACAUCUUCGAAUCCAUGAACAACAUCGUAGUCGCGCGCCGCUGUGCCGAAAUGAUCCGCGAGGUUCUCGAAGUCGCGCGAGCCUGUGUCGCACGGCGUCGGUCCCUCAUUCCAUCAGCAGCAGCGCAUACAUCAACGCUAGCUCCCCCGCCCACACAUUUCGGGAUAGAUGCUGCUACUGCUACUGCUACUGACCCAACAGCGGUGCAAAACCGUGGGGACAAUCUCACCGGGAUGGUCCCGCCCGGCACGGACAGCGAUUUCUUCUUCUCGCUAUUCAAUCAGGAUUCGCAGCCGGAUACUCGCGCGGAGAUAUUAGCUAAUUUGGUUGACCCUACAAUAUUGGAGGACUUUGCGUUUGGCAGUGGGGGAGGCGAUUUUUCGUUUUUCUUAGGGUCUUGA